AUGAGCGCCUUCGGGACCUCGGACGCUGGUCGCCCCCAAAGCAUAUACAGUGGCGAGGUUGCUCAGCAGUUCAUUAUGCCCACCAUCAACGUCCCAAGUCGGAGACCCUUCACAGAAGCUGGGAAGGGCCUUGGCAGGCUUAGGCUUCUCGUAGCUGGCAGAUCAGGCGUAGGGAAGACGGCUUUGAUCCGAAGUAUAACACAAACUUGCACGCACAUUGUACACGUUGACCCUACUGUGCCGGUAGCAAUGGCGUCCAAAGGUUUCCUGCCAGAAAAGACGAUGCCGAAUAGCCCUCCAAUAUCUCAGGGCACUUUUCAGAUCACGGAGACUCUAGCCAGCACCAAGCCGUACCCAUCCUGGUGGAAAGAUUCGGCCCUUACAUCCCUUGCGCCCACUCCGAGUCAAACCGAGGACACAGUAUUAGACAGAAACAUAUGUCUUGUUGAUACGCCUGGAUAUCAGGAAACAUGUUGCCCUACAGAUACUAUGGGCCAAGUCUCACAAUACAUUGAAUCGUACCUUCAAAAGAGUCGCCUCGACGGUUUAGAGGACCCCGAUGUUCUCAAAACAAUCAGUGGAAGUGGCGGCUUACUUGUUGACGCAGUGCUCUACAUGAUCCCCAGUUCAGGCUUGUCCGCGACUGAUAUACAUUAUCUCCGUCAACUGGAUGCCCUGACAAAUAUCAUACCCCUCAUCGCGCAUGCCGACACCAUGGCAUCGGAGCAGAUAGCAGCAACCAAGAAACACAUUGCCCAACAAUUUGCUGAGGCUGGCCUCGGUUUGUUCUCCUUCGAUCCAUCGACGACAAUUGUGGGAGAACAACAUAUCUAUGCUGCUUCUAGCGAGUUGGGAUCAGAUUCUGAGGUCAUGGACGCCAGUCUGCUCAUGAGCUCCGAAUACUUGCAACCUCUUGUGCCCUCCGAUCUCUCACAGCUAAUGGAAAACAUAUUUUGCGCGAAUGGCGCAACCUGGCUUCGCCAUGCGGCAGCAGCAAAGCUUUUGGGUUGGCGCACUCGUCAUCCUGGCCCCAGUAAUGUCUCCGGCUUCGCCUCGAAGUCAGAAGGCUCAAGGGAUAUGUGGUUGAUGCGUCCUCGGGCCGGAUCACUGACGCCUCUUGCCAUGAGUCGCGUUCCAAACUAUGCUACUCGUGACGAACGACUCUGCCGAGUGCAGCUCACAAACUGGGCGGCAGAUUUACAACGUAGUCUGGCCAACGAAAAGCGGGUGCAAGAGCGUAGGGCAUGGGAGCACGCGGCUAUGUUGUCGAGGGAAGCUUGGAGAGAUGGCCGCUCUGCUUCUGGCGGUGAUGGCGCAGAUAUGGCGUUGACAAGAACUAAGGGAAGGGGUGAACGUCGGCAGUCCCUUCGGAAGAGGAGACACAGUACAGGCUCUGGCGUAGACUGGGGGCUUGUAAGACAUCAGGAUCCUUUGGGUUUGCUUCAGCUUAAUGCCGACUUUAGAUGGAAGGGUUGGAAGACGUUGGAAAUGGUUGGCGGCAUUGGGAUCCUGGGUGGUUUGGCGUGGUUACUUGUUUAG